ACCGCGUCUUGUUUCGCUUGUUGCCUGGAGGCUUUGAUCGGGAGGUAGUCUGUCCUAAAUUGCGAACCAGGCUCACGAAUGAAUUCCAAAUAGAGGGUUAUUGUAAUUUAUCAGAAAAUUUAUCCCGUAAGUUUGUUGCAAAUCAAGCAAAGCAAGCACCCAUGGUUCGAAGCUGAGUAGCGACGUGGGCUGUGCCCAAAUUCUUGAAGGAACCUACUUCCCAAUCAGUCCUCAAAGGGAGCGCAGUCAAUUUUGAAUGCCAAAUAAAUGUUGCACAACCCAUUUACAACUGGCUGAAAGAUGGCAGUAACAUCAGUAAAGGCAACAUCUUCCCUUCUGGCUUAGCAACGUUAUUGAAGAUUGAUAACCUAGAGUUUUCUGAUUCUGGGAAUUAUUCCUGUGUAGCUACUGAUAAACAGUCAGGAGAGACAGUAACAAAAUCAGCGACCUUAACUGUGCAAGGUGUCCCAUCAGUAAGUAUUUCUAAAACACCUUCAUCAUCAGCAACAUAUGUUGGGCAAUCUGCCUUGUUUCACUGUGAAGUUGUUGGAUAUCCAAAACCUGUUUUAAAUUGGAAAAAUAGUAGUGAUGCCAUCAUUUCUAGCAGUGGACGAUUUGAGGUUUUCAGCAAUGGAUCAUUGAGGAUAAAUAAUUUAGUCAAGAGUGAUGAUGGUAGCUUGUUCAGCUGUAAAGCUCACAACUCAUUUGGCUCAACAUCUGCAAGUACAACCCUGAUUGUAAAUGACCUGCCCAUCCCUCCAUCAUUUACAACAAGACCAGGCAACAAAACUGCUAGUGAAGGAGACAGAGUCACAUUUUACUGUAGUGCCAAUGGUAUUCCUCCUCCAAGUAUCACAUGGAGCAAAUUAUAUGGGAACAUUACAGGUGAUCGGAGGCAAGAACCCUCUCCUGGUGCCUUAAGGAUUGUCAAUCUUCAGCAUGUGGAUGAUGGUGUCUAUGUUUGUACAGCAAAGAAUUCUGAAGGGAAUGUCACAGCCUUGGCAUUUCUACGUAUCCGAGGUUAUCCUCGUAUAACAAGGACGCCUUCAAACAAAGUGGUUGAAGAACACUCACCUGUCCAAUUUACCUGUUUAAUUGAGGGAAACCCAACCCCUCAUGUGGAAUGGACCACACCCAAUGGCUCCAUAUUUACUCUGCAGUCUCCACACUUGGGCACCAUAAAAGUCCUUUCAAACAAUUCUCUUAGUAUCUCCAUGGUAACAGAAACUGAUGGUGGAACAUAUACUUGCAAGGCUGUGAAUGAUGUUGGAGAAAGGUCUGCCUCUGCAACCUUAAAAGUUUUAACUCCUCCAAGAUUUCAUGUGCCCAUGGCGAACAGGACACAGAAUAUUAACACUCAACUUGUGGUGGAAUGUGGAGCUUAUGCCAGGCCCACUCCGGAGUAUCAGUGGAUAUUUAAUGACACAAUUAUCACAGCAAAUCGCAACCUGAAUUUGAGUUCUUUGUCUCUUGGUGAUCAAGGGUUCUACACUUGUGUUGCAAACAACUCAUUUGGAUCAGUUUCUGGUAAAUUCUACCUAGCAAUUCAAGUGCCACCAAACUUUGUAAUGUCUCCAAUAAAUCAAACCAUUCCUAAAGGAAAAACAGCCAUAUUUUCGUGCCAGGCUACAGGAAUUCCUGUUCCUUCCAUCAAAUGGUACAAGUCACAAAACCUUAUCACCAAUGAUGUGCGCUUCACUGUUUUAUCAAAUGGAACGCUUGUGGUCAAAAGUGUAUCUGAACAAGACAGUGGUUGGUUCACCUGCCGUGCAACAAAUGACGCAGGAACAAGUGAAAAAAGAGUAUACUUUUUAGUGGCUGACUCUCCUGUGUUCACCAUCGUCCCGAGUAAUGUCACAGUCGAUGAACGGAGCAGUGCAACUAUGUCAUGCCGCGCCCGUGGCCCUGAUGAGCCUGUCGUUACCUGGAUGCUUGAGAAAACCGGUGGAACCAUAACAAAUAUUGUUCCCAGUGCCACUGUACAGAUUCAUUCCAAUGGAGAUCUAACAUAUUCCAGCGUCACAUUGCAGAAUGGAGGCUUGCACAUUUGCAAAGCUUGCAACACUGCUGGGUGUGCGAGUGCCAAGGCCUACUUAGAUGUCUUAUUUUCCCCACGAUUCAUUGUCCCACCCAACACAGUGUAUGCUCUUAAAGGCCAAACUGCUAUUUUGGAAUGCAAGCCGGAAUCCAAUCCCCCAGCAACCAUAACCUGGCUUCGAAAUGGCGAAAGCCUUGCCGGGACUGGAAACCAGUACCGUGUUAAAAAUGUAGAGCCAGAGGAUGAAGGGUCAUACACUUGCAAGGCGAGGAACAGCAGAGGCUCAACACAGCAAGUAGUUGACGUGAAGAUCGGAGCCAAAGCCGAGAUUAUAGACUUCCAAAAGACUCCAUCACAGAACAGCAAAACGAUCAUGAAGUGUGAAGUGGAAGGAAGCCCUCGUCCUCAGGUGACCUGGUACCUACAGGGUUCUAAGUUACCAGAUUUGCAAAAGUUCCCGGAUUACACCGUCAAUGCUAAUGAAGAGUUGAUCACUCCUGGUGUAUCUCUUGUCAAUAACUCCUUUUUGUGUAACUGCACUAAUCCUCUGGAUACAGUGGCGAGGUUUGCAAGAGUCCCCAGACCUGCUUUUCAACCUUCAGUCACAAGUAUCAUGGAGACAUCCUUAGAAAUGACUUGGACCCAGUCUGACCCUUUGGAUCUCGUUCUUCAGUAUAUGGUGCAGAUGAAGACUGUAGUAGGAGACUGGGAACAAGUAAACGACACAAUAAAAGGAAGUUCGGUUCGUGUGAACAACUUACAAGCGUUUACAGUUUACAGUUUUAGAGUGAAGGCAAAGAAUGGACUGGGCAGUAGUCAAUACAGCCAGUCAUCGCAAAAUGUGACAACUCUGGAGGGAGCUCCAUCAACCCCGAAGGAUUUGAAAAUGUCUGUCGAAAACGCGACUGUUGUUUAUGUUUCGUGGGUAAAACCUGAAAAUUUAAAUGGAUAUCUUAGCACCAUUUUGUACAGAAUCAACUACGGACCUCAGAAUGGGAACAGUUCUCAGGAUGUUUUCGUCCAACACAAUAUUGUAAGGAGCCCACAAAAUUUCACGUUGCGAGAGCUGGCUGCCGAUACCGUUUACAUGGUCAGGGUAUACGCUGGAAGAAGAAGGAAAGAUGGAAUUGAAAGGUGGAGUAGAGCUGUAUCAAAACAAAUAACAACCAUGCAGCUAGUUCCCCUUACACCCCCUGUGGAUUUAAUUGUACAGUCAAAUGGAGCUUAUCAGCUUAUGGUUAAAUGGAAGCUUCCUUCAUAUUCAAUAUCUGGUUACCGUAUAUGGUAUAAAGAGUUAGAGGGUGCGGUGUUUGAUGGGAAAGUAGUUAUUCCUCGGAUGUCGGACACUGUUUACCUUAUAACAGGUCUGGUACCAGACACCAAAUAUGAAGUGAAGGCCCGGAUGUACAGUAACGCAGGGAAUGGUCCUUUCUCGGAACUAUUCGUCGUCAAGACUGAUACUGAUAAGUUUGCUGUGACGUCAGGGCAAAGUGAUGGGACCCAGUCCUCUGGAUUAAAAGUCGCAGUCGUCUGUCUCGUGCUCGGUGUUCUCCUUUUGCUCAUCAUCAUCGCUUUUGUUUGUCUCAAACGAAGACAAACCAAGCGCUCUCGGCAAAGUUUUCACAUCAGUAAUCGUGAAGACCCUUCUCUCAAGUACAUUUUCCA